AUGGCAAUCAGAACGUUCUCGGCACAGAAAAGUUAUAGGGAAGGAGGGACAGAGUCAAGAAAGAAACUGAAGAAGGUGAGGUCAGUUAAGGUUGCAAACCUGGAUAGGUUGAGGUUAUCAAUGAGGAGGGAGAAAUCGCGGUUUCAUCGCAGUGUUGUGUCUUCCUCAGAUGAUGCAACUGGCACAUCAGGAUCAUCUUCUGUUGCCAUUUCAGGUACAUCAUCUCCCAAUUAUAUGAAAGCUACAACUAGCUGGAGUGCCAGAAAAGGGUCAGUGCAGACAAGUUCAGGUAAUCUGCAAUCUAGUUCUGCUAGCAAUGGUGAUAGCAGACCUUCAUCAGCAAAGUCCGCCUCGAAAUUGAGCAAGGUCUCAGUGCAAGAAUGUUCUGAUCCUGCAGGCGUAAAUAUUCCUGUUAGAAUAAAAGCAGAGAAAAGCCUAAAGAGGGUACCUAGUUUAAAGCAUUCAAAGAAGCUGUCUAGUAAAAAAUCAAUGAAAAUUCGAACAAGAUAUUCUCAGUUCCCAGAUGUUGGCAUCAAUCCAGAGGAAAUGUUGGACUUUGGCAUCCUGGGAUUUCAGGAUAAUACUGAAAUUGAUCCAGAAAGCCUAAAUGUCAGUGCUUCUCAUGGUCAAGAUAGCAGUGGCAAGGUGGGAGCAAAACAAAAGGGAAUCUUAGAGAGAUCAAGAUCGAGAAAGAUGACGAGGCUCAGGAGCAUAAGAUCGUCAAAGGGAAAGCAGAGGCCACAACCCAGACUCAGUGGUGGAGCAACAGAGCUAAUGUCAUAUGAAGCAGAAGUAUCCAAUGCCGAGCCACGUUACAUGAAAAGCACCAGAUCUCAAGAAACAAGAAUGAAGUCUGACAAGUGUUUGACAAGAACAUCUAGUUUGAGGCCUCUAAGGAUCCUAGCAAAGAUUCCAAGCCUAAGGCCUAAACGGAGUAAAUUAAGGAAAAGACCUCAGGCUACUCCACUGUCAAGGAAAGGUGUUGAUCGCGCCACUUGUUCGUCCGUUCUAAAGAGAACUGAGUUCCCAGAUGACAGUGAACUUCAUUCAAGGGGACAAGAGGCUGAAGGAACUUCAUCUUUCCAUCUUUGCCCGUACAGCUAUUGCUCGAUUCAUGGUCACCGCCACCAUACCCCUUCACAACCUAUUAAAGAAUUCAUUUCUGCGAAAAGGAGACUGUUUAGUAACAAGAAAGGUGAGAAGUCAGAGAGCCAGUAUAGGGGAGAAGUGGAACAUUACACAAGUGCAGCUGAAUCUGAUCACUCAAGGCAGACAGUAUCUGCUGAAAGUUAUGCACUCCAAGAAGUAAUGAAUGUCUCAACAAAAAACGCUCUGGAAGCAGAAGAGGAUGGAAUAGAUUUUCUCAUUAAAAUCUAUGCCAAACCCAGAAAACAGUGGGCUACUGAUGGUAAGCUGAGCAAAGAUGACGAAGCAUUACAUGGUUCCACUUAUGACCAAAUCAGUGUCCGUGACUAUGACGGGAAACAUGCAGAAACACCCAGUGAAACAUCAGAACCUGAGGAAACACAAGAAGCAUUGAAUGAUAAUAAGCAAGAGAAAAAUGAGAUCUUCAGAGUUUGCAACAAUUGCCCAAGCAAUAAGUUUCAGCAGCAGAAUCUCAACAUUGCAGCUAUAAGUUUGCCUUCAGAAUUACCUGAUGAUGGUCCAAAUUCUGCGCCUACAAAUAGGACAAUUUAUCCAAGUAUAGCAGAAGAAGAUCCUCUGAAUUCUUCCAAGGAUCCUUUAUAUUUUGCAAGUAGGGAUUCUGCAGUCGGUCCAGGUGGUGAUUUGAUCAAUAUCCUCUCUGACAAACAGAAGUAUACAAGCAUGUGGCAGCUGAUCCAUCAACAACUUGUUUCAAGUGAAGCAUCAACGAAUGAGGCCCAAGAUAUCAUUCAAGCAGAUGAAAAAGAAAGUGGAGAUGGACACACUUGCCAUGAGAUGAGUAACUUGAAUCUGGAGCUGAGUAAAAACAGCAACAAUCUCAAGGAAGAUGUUGAUGACCAAGUUGCAAAGACAGAGAAACUUGGACUGCAACAGACUGCAGCCAUAAAGUUGGUACAAGAAGCACUUAAUGCAAUCCUACAACAUGAUGCAGAGUCAUUUCAUCAGCAGCCAAAUCCAGUCCAAGAAAUGGCUAAUAGUUUUGUCAGAGAGAGGAUUUCAACUCCUACAACCUCCAUCGAAGAAAAUUGCAGCAAAGGUGGUGAAAUAGAUGGAAAAGUGACGGGUAAGGGAUCAGCAGAAAAGCAACAGCAAACAGGUAAAAGAUCACUACAAAAAGAACCAGAUGAACAGAAGAGUUCAGGAAAACAAAUGUCCAAGAGUUUCAGCAAGCUCAGAAAAUUGUUUGUGACUGCAAAAUUCAUCAAGGCGAUGGAAAGACUGAAGAAAAUAAACCCACGCAAACCACAAUACUUAUCUGCUGAACCAACCUCAGAGAACGAGAGCAUAUAUCUAAGGCAUCUAAGCAUGAAUGAAAGGAAAAAUACGGAAGAAUGGAUGCUCGACAAUGCGCUUAGACAAGUGAUUUCUAGGCUGGAUCCUGAUCAGCAAAGAAGAGUGACCCAACUUGUUGAAGCAUUUGAAAUAUUUACCCCAGAGCAGAAAGAGAAGAGCAACAGGGCCGUGACACAUGUGUCUGCUCCUGGGAGCAAGUUAGCUAUCCCUAUGAUGGUUGAGAAGAAACAAUUUUUGGAACCUGUGCAAGAUACUUUAUCAUCUAAUGAACAGUUUUUACAAAAAAAAGAUGAUGGAGCCCUGGUAUCUCAGAAAGCUGCUAAUGAGGAAAAUUGUUCAAGGGAAGAGAACGAAUAUCAGACAAACACCACAGGUGACAAAAUUCUGCUAGAAUCAGACGAGACCAGCAUUUCAGAUUCUACUUCAGUGUUUUCUGAAAAGAGCUCAACAUUUGUAGAUGGAAAUACGGGUAAUGGAGAACCUAUAAACACACUGAGUUUUACAUCCCAAUUUCCUACUGAGGAUUCGGAAGUCAGCCUGACUGGUGAUAUGACCAGUAUUUUCUUCAACAAACAGCAGUAUACUGGUAUGUGGAACCUGAUCUACCAACAUGUAUCAAAUGAAGCGUCAGUUGAUGAGAAGCAGGGAACCAUUGGAUUCAAUGAAGAAAAUCUUGGUGAUACGAUCAACUGUCAACAAAAAAACGACAAAGACUCGAUUCCAGGUAGUUACAAUAUGGAUCAAAAGGAAGAUCAUGAUAACCAAAAAGAAGCUUCUGAAAAUUCUGAACUUGACCAAUCAGCUGCAAUAAAGCUGGUUAAGGAAGCCCUCAGUGCAAUUCUAAAACGCUAUGACCAACCACCUCAUUUACAGUCUAUUCCAGACCAUCAAAAGGCUGCUGAUGAUGCUAGAGAUCUAUACAUUUCAACUCCUACACCUGCCACAGAAGAAAAUUCCAUAGAAGGGGGAAAGAGUGCGGAGUUGGAAAAGCAUGCCUACAUAGACCUAGAAGAAAAGCUGCAUCAUGUGAAGAAUACAAGUCUCCCAGUCCAACAACAAGUGGAAUCUGAUGAAUUGAAGACACCUCAAAGAAAAAUGUCCAACAGCUUGAGCAAGCUGAAAAAAGCGAUUGCAACUACCAGGUUCAUCAAAGCAAUGGAGAGGCUGACGAAGAGUAGUCCACGAAAAUCACAGAAUCUGCAUUCAGAGACAACCUCAGGGGAAGAAAGAGUUUAUUUGAGGCAUCGAAGCAUGGACGGAAAGAAAAAGGGUGAGGAAUGGAUGCUUGAUUAUGCACUUAAACAGGUGAUCUCCAAGUUGGAUCCAGAUCAGCAAAGAAGAGUGGCACUUCUUGUAGAAGCAUUUGAGACAGUGCACCCUGAGCAGAGAGAGAAGAGAAUUAGUUGCUAUCCUUCAAAAGACAGCGUCUUAGCCACCUCUACAAACGAAGUGAAAGAAUGCUAUCUCGAGUCUCAGCAGAAAAGAUCCAUAUCUGUUGAACAGGUUCCUCAGAAGCAAGAUAAUGGCAUCCCACUACCCUCCGGAGAUGCUUUUUUAGAAAGAAGUCUGCAGGAACAUCAUAAUCAACCGAGAAGUUUAGCAGAUGACAUAAUUCCACAGCAGACAAAUGAGAUUGCAAUAUCUAAAUCAACUCCCGAAUCGUCUGAAGACAGUUCAAGAAUAGUUUCUAAGGUUGGCACACCUGAAAAACUUAGUAUCCAGGAUGAAGGAACUGGGACAAAUUUUGAAUUUCCUUCCCCAUUUCCAACUGGCAAUUCUGAGGUCAGGCCUGAUGGGAAUAUGGCCACUAUCCUCUCAGACAAAAGAAAGUACACAAGCAUGUGGAACCUGAUACACCAACAUGUCCUCUCAAAUGAAGCAACAACAGCUGGAAAGCAAGAAGUCAAAGACGAGGAACAAGGUGAUGACACAAACACAUUCCAAACAAUUAAUGAUUCAGAUUCAACCCAGAGUACUGAACUGAAGAAAUCCAAGGUAGACGAAGAUAAUCAAAAUGGAGUCUUUGAUCAGUCGGCUGCCAUAAAUCUAGUAAAGGAAGCAAUCGAUGCAAUCCUAAAAUGUCACAAGCAGAAAUCUGACCAACGACCCAGUCAAGACCAUGGCAGAGGUGCUGAUAGUGCUAAAAUACUUUGUAACACAACUGCUCUAGCUUCCACACAAGAAAACUCUGAAGGGGAGAGAGUAGAAAAGCAGAGAAAUUCAGAGCCAGAACAAAAGAUAAAAGAAGUGGAGAAAGCAAGUGACCCACUCCAACAGAAAGCAGAACCAAAUGAAGCAAACAAAGGCCACACGAAAAUGUCAAAGAGCUUAAGCAAGCUGAAAAAAGCUAUUGUAACUACCAAAUUCAUCAAGGCUAUGGAACGACUUAGAAAGAUCAGCCCACGUAAACCACGAUACCUGUCUCCAGAGGUGGCCUCAGAAGAAGAAAGAGUUUACCUAAGGCAUUUAAGCAUCAAUGAAAGGAAAAAUGAUGAAGAAUGGAUGCUUGAUUAUGCACUUAGGAAGGUUCUUUCUAACCUAGCUCCUGAUCAGCAGAGAAAAGUGGCACUACUUGUUGAAGCAUUUGAAACAGUUCCAGAGCAAAAAAACAUUGGAUAUCUGACAAAACCUGAUACUAUAUCAGAAAAUGCGGCAGACGAAAAAGGAAUUCCUGAGUCUAAGCAUGAUAGUUCCACGUCUUAUGAUGACGACAUUCGUCCAAUGCAUAAUGAUAGACUGGACAUGCUCGGUAACGGUUCUACAUUAGACAAAAGUGCGCAAGAAGAUCACAGCAUAAAAUUCUCAAACCUGAGGGAACAGUUAUCCCCCAAAAUUCUUGAUUCAGAUGACUCCAAUUUGAACAUUCGUCAUCAACCCAGCUCAAAAGGUUCUCCAAACAGUGACCCGUUGUGCAUACUAACAGUGAGAAAGGAGGAGACUGAUGUCAAUCCCAUACAUGAAACGUUUCAACAUGCUAAUGAAUUCGAGCAGGAAAACAAGGCUAACAAAGCCGAAGGCAUUUUUUGUGACAAGCGGAAGAAUUCCGGUAUGUGGCACCUGAUAUAUCAACAUGCCAAAUCCGUUGGUGCUGCUGAAGCUGGCAGCAAGCUGUCUGAGAGACUGACCAGAGAGGACCAAGUGAACAGAGGUGGAGAAUCAUUUGAGACAAAUGCUGAUGUAGAUGCUGAUGAUAGUGAUGGAAGCAGUGUAACAAGUGAACUUACUGAGAAUGAUGCCAUUAAGCUGGUAAGAGAGGCCAUCACUGAUAUCCUUGAUGCGCCACUAGAGGUCGAAGAUGAAUUAACUUCCAGCUAUAGAACAGCUGAUUCAGAAGAAGGUGAAAGAGAAUUUGUAGAGGGAAAUCCUAAGAGAAGUCUAUUCAGGGGCUACAGCAAGCUCAGAAAAAUAAUUAUCUGCAACAAAUUUAUAAAAGCAAUGGAGAAGACCCAGAAGUUCAACCCACAAACUGGGAGAGCCUUAAAUUCUGAUUCAGUAGCUACAAACGCUCAAUUGAAGACUUGUGCACUGGGUGAGAGGAAAGGGAUGGAUGAAUGGAUGCUUGAUAAUGUGUUGCAGAAAGUUAUUUCUGGACUUGCUCCGGUACAACAAAAAAGAGUAUCCUUGUUGGUUGAAGCCUUUGAAAGAGUCAACCCAGAUCCAGAGGGAAGGGAAAAAGGACUCUGUUACUUUAAAACAGAAUUUCCUGAUACUAUUUCCUCAGAAGGAGAUACAAAGGAAAAGGAGGAUACAGUAUCAACAGAUUCAUCACAGAACUCAAAAUUUCCUUGUGGCUUUGACCUCAAGCUAGAUAGAUCGCCAAUUUCCAGCCCGAAAGUAGUCACAGAAAGGGUUCUACAGGAAUUCCAUGAGGACAGAAGUCCUGGCUUAACCAAAGAAUAUGUGUCGGACGGACAAAGUUGGAGAAGUGGUGAUCCUUGUAAUAUUACUGCAGCAACAUCUGAUGCAAUCAGAAUUCCCUCAGAUACAUGUAAAGACGUAACAGAAAUGUAUGGUAAAGAUGCACCAGGAGUUUCACUGGAAGAAAGAACAAAAUCUAGGAAUGAAAUAGGUGCUCAGGUGGAGGAGAUAACUUCAAUUGGUGAACUAAAGGUUGGGAAUACCGUUUUAGCAUCUAAACUUGCAAAAAAGCUUCCACAACCUGUAGAAUCGCAAGAUGAGUGGAAUUAUAGUGUACAACAUAGUAGAUUCUCAGAAAAAUCUACAGGCCUAUGGGGCCUAAUACUGCAGCAUGUCUCAACUGAUAUGUUGGAGAAAAGUGAAGCCCCAGAAACAGUUGAAAUCAAUGCAAAUGCAGAGGGGGGCAGCAGUAGCACUAAGGUAUCAGAAAGGAAAACAGACGAUUCUUCUCAGCUUUGUUCUUCACAGGAGGAAAUAACCAAUUUUAGGGAUGAAAUAGGUGCUCAGGUUGAGGAGAUAACUUCAAUUGGUGAACUAGAGGUUGGGAAUACUCUUUUUGCUUCUAAACUUGCAAAGAAGCCUCCACGACCUAUAGAAUCGGAAGAUGAGGGGAAUUACAGCGCAAAAAGUAGUAGAUCCUCAGAAAUAUCUACCGGCCUAUGGGGCCUAAUACUGCAGCAUGUCUCAACUGAUAUGUUGGAGAAAAAUGAAGUCCCAGAAACAACUGAAAUCAAUGCAAAUGCAGAAGGGGGAAGCAGUAGCACUAAAGUAGCAGAAAGGAAAACAGACGAUUCGUCUGAGCCUUCUUCUAGAGUCAAAAGUUGCAGGGAUAUGGGUGUUCAAACUCCAACAAGCUUUGAGUUCGAAGAAAAUGAAGCUAUUAAGCUGGUAGAGGAAGCAGUAGAAGAAAUCCUACUUCUCCAGGACCAAAUUUGUGACGCAGAAUCAAUGACCAGUAGCACAACUUCAGAGCAAGGAGUCUACAGUCAGAACAAUGGAGAUGUCAAAGAGCGCUCACCCGUUGACACAGAAAUUGCAAGCGCUUCAACAUCACUUCAUAGUGUUGCAACUCUAGAGGAAGAGAAAACAUCAUCAAGAGAAAAUUUACCCAACAGCUAUAGCACACUUUCCAAAGUUGUUCUGUGUAAAAGAUUUGUCAAAGCAAUGAACAAAAUGCGAAAACUUAAAGCACAGCAGGCUCAAGACCUUUCUCAAUCACCUCACUCACAAGAAGGUAACCCUUCUUUGCGUCAAAUUUCAACCAGUAAAAAGGCAAGUUGGGAGGAAGGGAUGCUUGAUAAUGCACUUCAGAAAGUUAUAGGAAACCUUGCUCCUGCAAAGAAACAAAGAGUAGCACUUCUUGUUCAAGCUUUUGAGACAGUUGGUUCGCAGCCUGAACCCGUUAACAGCUGGAGAGGCAAAAAAUUGGUCUCAUAAAAGUAAACAUAUCAACAUAGUACAUAAGUUUCUUUUCACAGGUAUCAGCAGAGUUGUACAGUUAAGUUAAUGACAUUGGGUUUUGUCUAUUAUUGUUCAGUGCUAUUACAUUAUGUAUUUAUUCAGCUAAUGAUGUGUAUUUCACUAUUUUGAAGUACACUUAAGUAA